GUGACAGUUUUCAUUCCCUCUCGACGAAUCCCGAGACCACCUCCGUCCCCGCCAUCCUCGCUCGAUUCCAUGUGCUCCUCCUCCUCCUCCUCUCCGGGUCCCAUUCCCAAUUCCUAAUCCCUAAUCCCCAUUCCAUGCCACCAUUCAUCCUCCUGCAUGGACGAAGAACCUCCGCCGCCCUCGGCGCCAGCGUCGCCAGCGUCGUCGCAGUGCGCGAACUACCCCCCGCGGCCGCGCCACAUACGGAGCAAUAGCUUCCAGAGAUGGAAGCGGCAGGUGCAGCGCGCGUGGUGGUGGGGGUCGAAUGCCGCUUCCCGGGAGCAGGGGCUUAAGGCCUCUGUUCAUCUCGAGAUGAUGGCUAAUCAGAAACGUCAGUGGUAUCAGAUCCAAUCCAAAACCCGGGAUAGUAGGCACCAUGAGGAGCCAACAUCAUUAUUUGAGCAUUUCUUAAUUGUGGGCCUUCAUUCAUGUGCAAAUGUUCAAGUAAUUGAGGAUGCUUUUGCCAGGAGGAAGAACUGGGAGUCAGAAGCAGCAAAUUCUGAAAUUUUUGAUCUUAGGAAGAUUGAAUAUCAUGGUCACCCGCCUGCCUUGGAACCUCAGAUCCUUUUUAAGUAUCCUCCUGGUAAACGAUUAGCAAUGACAGAGAAGGACUUGCCUGCCUUUUGCUUCCCUGGAGGUGUUAAGGCUCGUCUAUUGGAGAAAACACCAUCUAUGAGUGAUCUAAAUGAAGUUGUAUUUGGGCAAGAGCAUUUGGCGAGAGAUGGUUCUUCUUUUAUCUUUUCCUUUAAGGUUUCAGAUAGCACAACAUUAUAUGGUGUCUGUCUACAUGUUCAGGAGCUAUUACAGAGGGCACCAGGUAUUUUAGGUGCCAUAUCGCCACUAACUCAAUCUUCUAGCAAGUCUGGUCGCUGCUUGGUUUCUGCUCCUCGGUGUUAUUGCCUGCUCACAAGAGUUCCAUUUUUUGAGCUACAUUUUGAGAUGUUGAACAGUAUUAUUGCACAGGAGCGCCUGGAUAGGGUAACACAAUAUGUUAGUGAAAUGGUCGUCACAAAUUCUGUGCCUCGAGUAGUUGUGGAGAAUGAUCAACUGGAUGAAAAUUUUGAUUCUCCAGACGGGGAAUCUUAUAGCAAUUGGAUGGAUUAUGCAAUACCAGUAGAUAGUGUAGGUUUGACACCAUUCGCAGCAAAUGUUGUAGAAGAUAAGGAGACUCCACCAUUCCCAUGCAAGCUGUAUGAGUCUCCCUCUCCUGAAAGUACAUCUGUAAGCGAUACUUCGGAUUUUGGUCAUGUAAAAGAUGUGGAUAAGGAUAUGAAUAAGGCUUGGCAACAUUGUGAUGAUUGCGCAUCUGAGAGCACAGGAUCCUGUUCUGAUAGUUUCGAACAAGUGUGUGGGAGCUGUGAAUAUAGCCACACUUCACCUGAAAGUAGCCGAUUGCAGUGUUCUCCAUGUCGCAGGUUGUUGCGUGUUGGAAGCUUGGAGUGCAUAUACAGGCGUUCAGCAAGAGAUGUGGGACCAGAUUUUGCUGAUGAAGAAUUGUAUGUGAAGUAUGAUGCAAAUGCUGUGAACCAAAAAGUGAUGGAAUGGGCUAAGGCACAUGAAAAUGAAUCGUUACAGACUUUGUGUGCUUAUCAUGCUCUUCCUAUACCUUCACGAGGAGAGGAAAUAAUUUUCCACCCUCUAGAACAUUUACAGCCGAUCAAGUAUAGCCGUCCUGGUUUAGUUAAACUGGGUGUGGAAGGCGCUUCUUGUGAUCAACCUUCUUGCCCUGCAGAAGCUAAUUUUGUUAAUGCCCGGUUAGCAGCUGUGGAAGAAGCUCUUUCACUAUCAAUAUGGACGGUUGCAACAGUAUGCCGUGCUCUAUCUCUUGAAAGUGUCUUGUCAUUAUUUGCAGGAGCAUUAUUAGAAAAGCAAAUGGUGGUUAUAUGCCCUAAUUUGGGUGUCCUAUCAGCAACUGUAUUAUCCAUUAUACCAAUGCUCCGGCCAUUUGCAUGGCAGAGUUUGUUACUUCCAGUUCUUCCAAGGAAGAUGCUUGAGUUCCUUGAUGCUCCAGUUCCUUUUAUAGUAGGAAUACAACAUAAACCUAAGGAUAUGAAGAUGAAAACGGCUAACCUUAUACGGAUUAAUGUCCAGAAAGACCAGGUUAAGUCAUGUUCAUUGCCCCCACUUCCUCAACACAAGGAGCUCAUGUCUGAACUAAGACCAAUUCAUACUCGAUUAAUGUGUGAAAAUUCCAUUGCUAAGAGGCAUCCCGUAUAUAAAUGCAGUGAAGUUCAGGCAGAAUCUGCUGGGAAUUUCUUAGAUGUCACUAGACGGUACCUAGAAUCACUUUGUUCUAAUUUGCGUGCUCAUACUAUCACCAAUGUGCAAUCAAAUGACGACAAGGUGUCUCUGCUUCUUAAAGAUAGUUUUAUUGAUUCUUUCCCAAGUAGAGAUCAGCCAUUUAUCAAGCUCUUCGUAGACACACAACUCUUCUCCGUUCUAUCAGAUUCACGGCUUUCAAGAUACGAGCAUGAAUGAAUGGCCAUGCGAAAAGGCUACGCUAACUUCUCCAUCAAAACAUGGUUUGCAGUUAAGUUUUUAUCAGCGAAAUCAUCUCUCUUUGAUUGCACAUAUGAGUCAUGGAAAUAUUCCUGCAGAUUUACUUGCAUGUUCCACUGCUUGCUAGGAUAUUCAUUACAGAUUAAAA